CUCUCUCCCCAUCAUCCCCGCAUCCCCGCAUCCCGCGCCGGCCACUCGGGCUGAGGGCCGGGCUAUGCAGCUGCGGGGACCCGGGGUCUGCGGGCGCGCGUCCCUGCGGCGGCGUCCCCGGGGCCCGCGCUCCGUGCUCCCCCGCGCCCGCUGCGGGCGCCUGCUCCCUCCGCCGAGCGGCGUCUUUGUGUGCGGGGGUGUGGGAGGCGAGCGCGAGUCCGCGCCGCGCCACCGAGUGCCCGCUCCCUCCCAGGGCGGGUGGGGGCCUCUCCGCGCCGCCCGCCGCCGCCGCCUCGCGAGGACGCCCGUCGCCCGCGCCGCCCGCACCGCGCCGGGCGCGCCGCCCCCGCCCGCUGCCGCUCGCACAUGCCCGAGCCGCAGCCCCGCGAGCAGACAGCGCCGGCCCCCCGCCCCGCGGCCCCGGGCCCCGGCUCCGGCGCCGUCCCUCCUCCCCGGCCGGGCGCCGCGGCCCCGGCAUGAGGAGCGGGCGAUGAUCCCCGCCAACGCCUCCACCAGGAAGGGGCCCGAGGGCAAGUACCCGCUGCACUACCUCGUGUGGCACAACCGCCACCGCGAGCUGGAGAAGGAGGUCCGCGCCGGCCAGGUGGACAUUGAGCAGCUGGAUCCCCGCGGCCGGACUCCCCUGCACCUGGCCACCACGCUGGGGCACCUUGAGUGUGCCCGUGUGCUCCUGGCGCACGGCGCAGACGUGGGCAGGGAGAAUCGCAGCGGCUGGACAGUGCUCCAGGAGGCUGUGAGUACCCGGGACCUGGAGCUGGUGCAGCUGGUGCUUCGGUACCGGGACUACCAACGGGUGGUGAAGCGGCUGGCGGGCAUCCCUGUGCUCCUGGAGAAGCUUCGCAAGGCCCAGGACUUCUACGUGGAGAUGAAAUGGGAGUUCACUAGCUGGGUGCCCCUGGUGUCCAAGAUCUGCCCUAGUGACACCUACAAAGUGUGGAAGAGCGGCCAGAACCUGAGGGUAGACACCACACUCCUGGGCUUUGACCACAUGACCUGGCAGCGAGGGAACCGCAGCUUUGUCUUCAGGGGCCAAGACACAAGCGCCGUGGUCAUGGAGAUUGAUCACGACCGCCGGGUGGUGUACACAGAGACUCUGGCACUGGCUGGGCAGGACCGGGAGCUGCUGCUGGCUGCCGCUCAGCCCACCGAGGAACAGGUGCUGAGCCGGCUUACCGCACCUGUCGUCACCACGCAGCUUGACACCAAGAAUAUCUCCUUUGAGAGGAACAAGACUGGCAUCCUGGGCUGGCGCAGUGAAAAGACGGAGAUGGUGAAUGGGUAUGAAGCUAAGGUGUAUGGGGCAUCUAACGUGGAGCUCAUCACCCGGACACGGACAGAGCAUCUUUCAGAACAGCACAAGGGCAAGGUCAAAGGCUGUAAGACACCUUUGCAGUCCUUCCUGGGAAUCGCUGAGCAGCAUGGGGGCCCCCAAAAUGGGACCCUGAUCACUCAGACUCUGAGCCAAGCCAACCCCACUGCCAUCACUGCAGAAGAAUACUUCAACCCCAACUUUGAGCUGGGCAACCGUGAUAUGGGCCGCCCCAUGGAACUGACCACCAAGACACAGAAGUUCAAGGCCAAGCUGUGGCUGUGUGAGGAGCAUCCCCUGUCCCUGUGUGAGCAGGUGGCCCCCAUCAUUGACCUCAUGGCCGUCAGCAAUGCGCUUUUUGCCAAGCUCCGGGACUUCAUCACCCUGCGUCUGCCUCCUGGCUUCCCAGUUAAGAUUGAAAUCCCGAUCUUCCACAUCCUCAACGCCCGCAUCACCUUCGGGAACCUCAACGGCUGCGACGAACCGGUGCCAUCGGUGCGAGGCAGCCCCAGCAGCGAGACGCCUUCCCCAGGCAGCGACUCCUCCAGCGUCAGCAGCUCCAGCUCCACGACCUCCUGCCGCGGCUGCGAGAUCUCCCCGGCGUUGUUCGAGGCACCGCGCGGCUACAGCGUGAUGGGCGGCCAGCGGGAGGCGGCAGCCCGGGACGACGACGACGACCUGCUGCAAUUCGCCAUCCAGCAGAGCCUGCUUGAGGCGGGCAGUGAGUAUGACCAGGUCACCAUCUGGGAGGCGCUAACCAACAGCAAGCCAGGCACCCACCCCAUGUCCUACGAGGGUCGCCGACAGGACAGGAGCGCCCCGCCCACGCCGCAGCGCCAGCCUGCGCCCCCGGCGUCAGUGCCCAGCCCUCGGCCCAGCCCAGGGCCAGGUUCCGGCGGCCAUGUGUUCCGGAGCUACGACGAGCAGCUGCGGCUGGCGAUGGAGCUGUCGGCGCAGGAGCAGGAGGAGAGGCGGCGGCGCGCGCGCCAGGAGGAGGAGGAGCUGGAGCGCAUCCUGAGGCUCUCACUGACCGAGCAGUAGCGCCCCCUGCCGGGACCCUCGCCUGCGCCACGCGCGCCACGCCCAGGGCCAGGAGCCAGGCAAACCCCGGUCUGCGCGCCUGCAGAGGGGCGGCUGGAGACUGGAGCCACCGCCUCGCGGGUGCAGCAGCGCAGCAGGCACGGUUCGGGGAGGGAUUCGGCAUGGCCGCGGGGUACCUUCCCAGGCCAGGGCCCUGGAGGCAACUGGCACGGCCUGGUCCCCCUGCUUUGCUGUAUCCUGAUACCCCAACCCGCUCCCCUGGGCUCAGAGCUGUCCUGUCCUAGGGUGGUACCAGGCGGUCCUGAGGGGGGAGAUGAAUCCUUAGAGGAGCGCUGUCCCUAUCCCUUGCUCCUUCUGGCCGGUCCGCAUUUCUGUUCACUAACCCCACUCCAGGACACUGCCCCUGAAGCCUUUGCAUCUCUGCUCUUCACUCCUGGGGGGCAGCUGAGCUCCCCGCGUGCUGUGUCGCUGCUUUGUCCCAGACACAAACCAGCACGUCUAGGGCCCAGCCCCUCCCCCACCCCGGCAUUUCAGCGUCAAGUGCACUUAGCGGGGUACCCGGCUCCCCCAGCCCCCACACUCGUCCUGGGUCUCAGGGUGGUUCCAGCUUCUCCUUGAGCAGCCAGAAGUUGGAGUCCCAUCCCCCAAGGCACAUUUUUUUUUUUUUUUUUUUUUUUUUUUUUUGUGUGAUCAGGGAGUGUGUCCAACUUUGCCCCCUGGCCUGUGCAAGCCCUGACUCCUUCAUGGUGCCUCGGAGAGUGGGGAGCAUACUGGGCUGGGGUAAGCACUAGACCCGAGUAGACUGGACACAAAGGGGUCGCCCAGGGCCCUGGCGCCACCCCCACCCCUUCCCACCAGCUGCUGCUAGCCUCUGUGGUUGUACAUCCCACUUGCCCCCCACACGGAGACUGACUCUAAAACCUUUCAUCCAAUGGUGCUAACCCCCGGCUCUCCCCUGCCCCACCUCACCCACCAGAGAAGCACAGACCCCGCCAGGGGCAGGGGCCCACCGCACACCCUUGUCCCGGGCCUCUCUGGGACUGGCCUUCCCGGCUCAGCCAGUGAGGCUCAGAAGGGACACAAAAAGGGAUGGAAGAAAAGAACAAAGAGAAACUUUCUCCCACCCCCUUCCCUGAUGCCAGGGGCACCAGACUGAUUCUGAGGCACAAAUAAAAGGGGCUUCAUACCGGA